AUGAAAGGUUUUAAUAUAAAAUUAAAAAAGGAAAGUUUAAAUAGGGAAAUUAUUUCAAACACAAAAAUGAUAUAUAAAUUAUUAUCUAUAAUUUUAAUUUUAAUAAUUUUUAAUAAUUUUUAUAUUUGUAGUUUAAAAAUUAAUAUAGAAAAUGAUAAAAAUGAAGAUAUUUUAAAAAAAAGAAAUUUAUUUUUUUAUACUGAUGCAAAUAUUGAUGAUAUAAUAGCAUUACAAUCAAUAUUAUCAAAUGAUUCAGAAUUUAAAUUAAGAGGUAUUUGUGUUUCAGGUACAGGAUUUACAACGAGAGCAAUUGGAUUAGAUACUAUUUUCAAAGUUUUUAACUUUAUGACAGAGAAAGAUAAUGAUAGAUAUAAAGAAUUAUUAUCAAUACCUGUGGCAUUAGGUUCAUCAAUACCAUUGGAUUCAGCAUUAAAUUUUGAGAUCAGUAUUUUAAAUGCAACAAAUAACCAAGUUAGAGCACUCGGUGACACAUUAUGGUAUACUAAAGAUCAGUAUUUUAAUAAUAAUACCAAUGGUUUAGUACCAACGAAUAUGUCAUGUACUGAAUUAUUCGUAAAAAUCAAUAAAGAAUUAUUAGAAUUAAAUGAACCAAUUGAAAUUCUAUCAGCAGGACCCGCCACUGAUUUGGCUAUAUUGCUAACCUUGUAUCCCAACGUAGUGGAUAAUAUUGAAUUGGUCUCACAAAUGGGUGGUACAAUUGACGCGCCAGCAAAUAUAUUCACGUAUAGGAAUAAUACAGUGGCAGAGUUUAACCUCUUUGUUGAUAUAAAGGCAUUUCAAAUCAUGGUAUCGUCAUUGGGUCCCAAAUUAUUAUUGACUCCAUUGGAUGCAACAGAUACAAACCCAAUCACUAAAGAUUUCUUUUAUAAUGAAAUUAAUAAACCAUUGACUUAUUCUGGUCAAUGGUUACAAGCAUUAUUUACAAGUGUUAAAAAUAUCAUAACUGAUGCUUCAUUCUUUAAUAUUGAUCAUAUUGAAGGCCAAGGAUUUUAUAUAUGGGAUUUUGAAAGUUAUAGAGUUUUAUUAAAUCGUAAUUGUGAUGAGGAAUUAAUUGAACAAAUAGAAAUUAAUGAUUCAAAUUCACCAAACAAUCCAAGUGGUCAAAUAACUUUAUCAUCUGCAUCAUCAUCAUCAUCAUCAUCAUCAUCAUCAAUAUUAAAUAAAACUAGAAUAUGUACAUAUAUAAAUUCAAAUUCAUCUCAUUCAUUAUUAUCUAAUAUUUAUAAAUAUAAAUUACCUUAA